CCCCAUAUAAAAGAGUAAACGUAGAACUGAUCCCUCCAUCAAGAAAGCGCUCAUAGAUCUAUUUUAACGCGGAAUUUAACAUCCUUCUGCCUCCAUCUACAUCACAUUUCAUCAUGUCCGAGUUUGUGUCUGGUGACAGCUACAAGGAGUGCCGGGCCACAGCUGAUUGGCUACUGUCCAACACACAUGUGCGGCCGACUGUGGGAAUCGUGUGCGGUUCAGGUCUUGGGGGACUAGCUGAGAUGCUCAAGGAUCCGCAGGUCUUCAAAUACAGUGACAUUCCCAACUUUCCCCGGAGCACAGUUCACGGUCAUGCUGGCCAGCUGGUGUUUGGAACACUAAAAGGGAAGCCGUGUGUUUGCAUGCAGGGCAGGUUUCACCUGUAUGAGGGCUACCCCAUCCAGAAGAUCACGCUGCCCAUGCGUGUCUUCAAGCUGAUGGGGGUGGAGACCAUGAUCCUGACCAACGCAGCUGGGGGCCUGAACCAGGACUACAAAGUUGGAGACAUCAUGAUCCUCAAGGACCACAUCAACAUGCCCGGUUUUGCUGGCAUCAACCCUCUGGCUGGACCCAAUGAUGACAGGUUUGGCGUUCGCUUCCCCUGCAUGUCUGACGCCUACGACCGCAAGCUGCGGCAGCUGGCACAUGAUGUGGCAGCAGAGCUAGGCUACGACGGCUUCCUGCAAGAGGGAGUGUACUGCGUCGUCGGAGGUCCCUCCUUCGAAACCAUCGCCGAGUGUCGCAUGAUGCACAGGCUAGGCGCUGAUGCUGUUGGGAUGAGCACCGUCCACGAGGUGAUCGUGGCCCGCCACGCUGGGAUGCGUUGCUUCGCCCUGUCACUGAUCAGUAACCGGGCCGUGAUGGAUUACGACAGCCAGGAGAAGGCCAACCACGAAGAAGUCCUGGAGACGGGCAGGCAGAGGGCCAAGGAGCUGGAGAAGCUGGUGUCCAUCAUGGUGGCUCGGCUGGAACACAACAACAACAAUAAUUUCUGAACAUGUGACUGGCGCCACUGUAGCUGGUCCCGGGUCAGCUGUCCUGCUUUAUGUCAAAAAACCAGCAAACCAGAGAGUGGAUUCUUAAAAUGUUUGUUAGAACGCUACAAAAGAUCUCUAGAUCUCCUAACUUUAGACUGCUAGGCUGAGUUUACAACUAGAGAGACUCGUUUUUUUUUAUUUAAUUUUAUUUUAUUUUGGGUUUUUUUACGUUUCCACUGAAUGUUACUUCAAGUCUUAAGACCCUGGAAAAUGGUCCACUUUUUAUACAUUCCUCUAUCAGCAACGUUUACAUUUUUGAGGUGUACAGAUGAAUGAUAUUACUUUGGUGCAGUGGCUCUCUGACAAAUUCCUGCUGUGAUAUACUGCACUGUACACAGAAAACUGUAGUGUUUCAGUGAAACAGCAUCAUAUUGUAAUUUCUAAUUUAACAACUUUUAACUUAAUAAUGUAAGAUAUUUAUUGUUUCCUUUACAUUCCCUGAUAUCGUUAACUUCCAAGAUGAACAUAAUGAUAUUCCCAUCAUGCAUGUCUUCAUGAGAUCAUGGCUGAAAGACAGAAAAUAACUAAUUCAUAUAGUGUAAAAAAAAAUAAAAGGUGUAAACAUUUUAUAAAAUAUUCAAACAAAAUAUAUUUAAGUAAUGUUUUUAUUUUGAUAAUGUAUUGAGUGUUGAAGAAAGGGAUGAUAUCCUGCAUGGGACAGUUACCCAAGUGUGUAGAUUUGAGUCAAAUCUCUUUCCAUUGUCUUAUCACUGUUUUAACUAACAGACUGCAUUUCCGGCUGUCUGUGCUUCUAGAGAUACUUUACUAAAAACUGUACAAAACUGUGGAUCUAUUUACAAUAAAAAGACUCAACUUGAAAA